UAAAGAGGGCCAAAAAUCAAUUGUCACUUUGACCAAUCAAAGGUUGUUUCAUAUCACACCAAUCACAAUCAACAUAACAAGCUAAGAAGAUCACUCCCCGUUAUUAGUGCAUAGUCAAAACAGUACCUGCAGAUGAGAGAAACUAAUGAUAACAAUAAUAGUUUAAUAGAAGAAAAAAAAUAAACUCUAGUAGAUUGGUUUUGCAUUUUCUUGUUGUUGCUGUGAUUAUGGAGAAUUAUGAUCAUUGUUCUUUAUUUCUAGACCCUUCACAAACACUGCCUCAUGUCUCAGAUUGUAAUUCUCUUCAUCGUCAAUUUGGUGGUGAGUUUCAUUCAUGGCCGGCACCGGUCGAAGUGGUGGCCGGAGACAGAGCUGCUAGUGCUUCCAAGAGCCACAGUCAGGCCGAGAAGCGGCGCAGGGACCGGAUCAAUGCACAGCUUACAAGUCUAAGGAAACUAAUUCCAAAAUCUGAUAAGAUGGACAAGGCAGCUUUACUAGGAAGUGUGAUAGAGCAAGUGAAGGAUCUAAAGAGAAAAGCAAUUGAAGUUAGCAAAGCCGUAACCGUUCCAACUGAAUCCGACGAAAUAACAAUCGAAUAUGAUCCGAGUGCGCGCGACGAGAGCCUAAAGAUCAAGAACAAAGUUGUGAUCAAGGCAUCUGUUUGCUGCGACGAUCGGCCGGAGCUGUUCUCGGAACUAAUCCAAGUCCUAAAAGGAUUAAGGCUCACGGCAGUUAGAGCUGACAUAGCAAGUGUUGGGGGAAGAAUCAAAGGCACAUUUUUGCUUUGUUCUAAGGAUAGUGAAAAGGGUGUUUGCCUUGGUACUCUCAAGCAUUCACUUAAAUCAGUUGUGACAAAAAUUGCUUCAUCUUCCAUUGCAACAAAUUGGCCUACUAGAAGUAAGAGGCAAAAGUUCUUCUUACCUUCUCAUUUUAUAUAGAUAUACUUCAAUGUUUAUGGAUGAUUGGUUUAAACUUUAAACUUGUAACUUUAAAAAAAUUAAUAAAAAAAAAAACUUUCAUCGUGAA